AUGUCAGCUGUGACCAGUCAGCCUCUUCCUUUUGGUCCACUUGAGCAGGAGAAGCACAUCCAGGGGAUCUUCAGAACUUUCAAAAAUAGAUGUGGGCCUUCCUGUGAGUGCCAGACUCACUCAGCUGGAGCCAAAUCCCACCAGGUGAUUGCUAACAGGGAAUCUGAAGGAGAUGAUUCAGAUUUCAGUCCCCACAGGGGGAUGCAGGAUAUGUGCAUGAUGCUACCAGCACUGAAGACGCUUGAGGUCAUGAAGCAGAACCUUCAAGAUGAAGCCGGAUUGCAGUUUCUGUCAGUGUUAGAAACGGUCAGUAAGAUACACGUCACUGCGAGACCCGAGCUGCAGGGUCCACAGUGUGUCUCCAGUAGGAUUUACAGCAUCACCACAGGAAGUAGCAAGUCUCAGAUGUUUGUGGUUGUGGAGGAGAGCUCUUGCGUGCGUGUCCAGUGCUGUGUUCCAGCUCAGGCUUGCUCCCUGAAGGGUUUUGACUGUCAGGGACGGCAAGUAUUUUACUUUCAAAGGGUGGAUGUCUGCUGCUUUGGCUGCUGCUUGAUGGAGAUAAGGGUCUAUUCACCUCAAAAGCAUCUCAUUGGCACUGUAUGUCAGAGGUGGAGCAUGUUUACCCCUCUCCUAGAGGUGUGUGACCCAGAAGGAGCCUCCAGAAUCCAAAUCCAGGGCCCAUUUUGCUGCUUUUCAAACCAACAAUUCCAGAUUGUUUCCAACAUUGGAGAGCAAAUAGGUACAAUAUGGAAGAAAUGGCCUGGCUUCAGCGAUGACCGUAACAUGGAUCAUGAAUAUUCUGGGGUGGAGGUGCUGCAGAGUUUGGAGCCACAUACUAAACUCCUGCUUCUUGCAGGCACUUUCUUACUGGCACAUAUGAAACUUCUCUUGGUGUAGCUGGUUGAAGUGGACUCAAUAACUUGUCUGCAUAGUUUGUUUAUAGUCAUAUUUUAUUAUAAGUUUGCAAUAUAAUUCAAUUCAGUUUAUUUAUAUAGCGCCAAUUCACAACACAUGUCAUCUCAAAGCACUUCACAACAGUCAGGUACAUACAUUCCAAUUAGUCCUAACCAUUGAACAGUGCAGUCAGAUUCAG